AUGCGCUGCAGGUUCUGGCAGGGCGCCGUCUGCACUGGUCUCUGGGUUGUCGCGCAUGAGUGCGGCCACCAGGCUUUCUCUAAGUGGCAGGCAGUGAACGACGGCGUCGGCCUUAUCGUGCACUCGGCGCUGCUGGUGCCCUACUACUCAUGGAAGCACUCCCACCGCCGCCACCACAGCAACACCGGCUCCAUCACCCGCGACGAGGUCUUCGUCCCGGCCACCGACGAGAGCCAGGUGCCCUUCAACGGCUCGGCCGUCUACCGCGCCGCGCUGCUCGUCGUGCAGCAGCUCCUCGGCUGGCCCGGCUACCUCGCAUUCAACGCCGCCGGCCGCGAGUACUCGCGCUUCACGUGCCACUUCGACCCGUGGAGCCCUAUUUUCACGAAGAGGGAGCGCAUCGAGGUCGCCGUGUCGGACGCGGCGCUGGCGGUCGUGAUCUACGGCCUCUACAACCUCGGACUCACGUUCGGCUGGCCCUGGCUGGUCAAGACCUACGUUGUGCCAUACCUGGUGGUCAACUUCUGGCUGGUGUGCAUCACGUUCCUGCAGCACACGCACCCGGGGCUGCCCCACUACGACGACCAGGACUGGGACUGGCUGCGGGGGGCGCUCGCCACCGUGGACCGCAGCUAUGGCAUCCUGGAUCACUUCUUCCACCACAUUGCUGACACUCAUGUCGCUCACCACCUCUUCAGCACCAUGCCCCACUACCAUGCAGAGGAAGCAACCAAGGCCCUGCGCCCCAUCCUGGGCGCCUACUACUGCCGCGACACCCGCCCCAUCAUGCGGGCGCUGUGGGAGGAGAGCGCCACCUGCCACUACGUCGCGCCCGACGCGCCGGGCAGCGGGACCCUGUGGUUCCGCUCCAUGUGCCGCCCCGAGGGCGCCAAGGAGGAGUGA